UUUAGAUUAACUCAGGUUCCACUCAUUUAUUGUUUGCUUCUUUUUUCUUGGAUUGUAGUUGGCGUGGUGCUAAGUUGAACUUUCUUGGGCUAAGCUUUUUAUGGAUGACGAUUUGCUGCAGAGCCAGAUCAGAAGGAUGGACAGGACAGAAAAUGUGGUUUUGGACAUUGAGAGUCUGCCUCAACAACCUGAUAAAUGCUGCACUGGAAGUCCAAAGAUGACAAGAGCGCUAUCACGGAAGGGUCCAAAUCGCACGGAGAGGAGGGGCGGCGAAGAGCAGGAGCCAGAUGAUUUGGCAAAAAAGCUUAUUAUUAAAGUUGUGCCGUCUCAACUGGAGCAGCUUAACAAAACUUUGGUUACACCGCAAUGUACCGCCUCCACACCUGCAAUAACCGACUCUGCUGAAGGGAGGAGCAAAAGAUUCAAUCGGCUCACUUCAUAUCAUCCACGGAGAAUCCUUCUCUUCUUUGCAACUUUGUCGAGCGUGGGGACGAUGAUACUGAUAUACUUCACACUCGCCAUCAACAGCAGACCGGAAGCAUAGCCGCUGCGGUUCGUUGAGCAAAACAGAAGAGCUAC